CCAAGGCCCUCCCUCCGUGCCUGGCCCAGCUCCAUGCCUCCUGCCAACAGUGAUGUGACACUGCGAUGCUCCAUGCCUGUUGAGGAGGUCGACUUCAGGGACAUCAAGUUUGCUCUCAGAAAGAACAACGCUUCUUUCAAGUUCUCUCCUGAUUCCCCAAGUGGCCUGGCAAAGUUUCAUCUCAGUGACAUAAAAACUAGUGACGCUGGAGAGUACACCUGUGAGUACAGGACAGAGAGCCCCACCAGAAGGUCACCGCCCAGUGACGUCCUUCUACUACUGGUGACAGGAAAUUUCCCUAAACCUUCCCUUAAAGCCCACCAAAGGGGUGAGGUGACUGCAGGAGAAAAUGUGACUCUGCAGUGCCAGAAGCCCAGGCAUGUGAUAGAACCUCACAUGUUUGCUCUACUGAAGAAAGGAACCUCAACACCCAUACAGCUCCAGGGUCCAGUAAAAACAGAGACAAACUUCUCCCUUCCAAGUGUGACUGUCAAUGACACUGGGGCCUACAGCUGUGUGUACUACCAAAGAAAGGCUCCUUUCCAUGCAUCAGAGCCCAGUGAUGAGCUCACGAUCUCGGUGACAGGCACCCAAGGCAUGGACACAGCUGCGGAUGAUGAAGCAACGAAGAGUGCCACAAGCACAGAGCUAGCGACGCUGGAAUGUGGCUCCAGCCACACUCCGCUACUCACAGAUGAAACGGAGUCUCCUAAGAGAGCGGGAGCAGCACUAGGAACCACGGAAAUCAUCCUCAUUGUCAUCGUCCCCCUACUCUUCCUCCUCACAGCCUUCCUCAUCUGCAAAUACACCUGCUGUGGGGCAGCUCUUAAAAAGAUGACCAAAAGCUCCCCUCCUUCUAAGAAAGCUGAAGAAGUGGCGACAGAUGCAUCUCCAGCUAUGCAGAGCUGGUCUCCUGCUCUGGAUGAAGGAGCUCAGCUGUCAAGAGCUGAAGAACCUCAGGGGGUGACGUAUGCUGAGCUGAACACCAGAGCCCUGAGCAAGGGCCCCUCCAGCCAGGUGCCGCAGACCCCGGAAACCUGCGUGUACUCGGCCCUCAAGAUGUAGCAGGAAGAGACCUGGCACCAGGAAGAACCUCCAAUAAGGGGUGCACCAUGGGGCAGAGGGCCCUUGGGUGACUAGACAAAUCUCCAUUUGAGACUUGUUUCCUCCUCCUAAGAAAGUAACGUUUAUUUUUUUUAAGUGAGAGGUAUCACUGACAUAGAGUGAUAUGCUGAAAGGGGACUCAGGACGGGGGUUCUGGUCACUGCCGGGAAGGUCAACCACGUGAUGAGAAGGUUGGGGACCAGAACCAGGUGCUAUCAGCCGGUCCUCUGGGGAAGAGGGAGGCUGGAGACGGACUCAGUCACGUGGGCAACAAUCCAAUCAACCACGCCUGUGUGAUGACAUCCCAGCGAAGAUGCUGGACACGGAGACUGGAAAGCUUCUGGGUUGGUGACACACCGUCAUGUGCUUGGGGGGUGGACACACCCUGAGGGUAUAGCACGUUUCACUUCUGGCACCUUCCCAGACCUCACUCACCCUGUGUGUCUCUCUUCACUAAGCUGGUACUGAUUUGUUUACUUUAUGUAAUAAAAUUG